AUUACAUAAGCACCCUCAUAAGUCAUAACCAUUUUACUCACAUAUUCUCUCUAUCUUUCCUUAUUACACAAACUCCAUAAAAUCUCACAUCUUCUCUCCUAUCCUUUUCAACUACUACUCUCUCUCUCUCUCUCUCUUAAUCAAAUCGACGAUAGAUGAAGAUCAGGUGCGACGUCUGCGACAAAGAAGAAGCGUCGGUGUUUUGCACCGCCGACGAAGCGUCUCUCUGCGGUGGCUGUGACCACAGAGUCCACCACGCUAACAAACUCGCCUCAAAACAUCUCCGUUUCUCUCUCCUUUAUCCUUCUUCCUCAAACAACACAUCUCCUCUCUGCGACAUCUGUCAGGAUAAAAAAGCUCUGUUAUUUUGUCAACAAGAUAGAGCUAUUCUAUGCAAAGAUUGUGAUUCAUCGAUCCACGCCGCGAACGAACACACGAAGAAACACGAUAGGUUUCUUCUUACAGGGGUUAAGCUCUCCGCUACAUCUUCUGUUUACAAACCCACUUCAUCAGAAUCUUCUACUUCUUCAAACAGCCAAGAUUGCUCUGUUCCUGGAUCAUCAAUCUCUAAUCCUCCUCCUCUCAAGAAACCUCUCUCACCUCCUCCUCAGACCAACAACAACAACAACAACUCCAAGAUCCAACCUGGCGAUGCCACGAUCAAUCAGUGGGGUUCCACUAGCACUAUCUCAGAGUAUUUGAUCGAUACUUUACCUGGUUGGCACGUUGAGGACUUUCUUGAUUCCUCUCUUCCUCCUUUUGGAUUCUCCAAGAGUGGUGAUGAUGAUGGAGUGUUACCAUAUGUGGAAGCAGAAGAUGACAGCACCAAGAAAAACAACAACAAUACAAAAAACAACAACAAUACAGUGUCACUUCCAUCUAAGAGUUUAGGGAUUUGGGUCCCUCAGAUUCCACAAACUCUUCCUUCUUCAUACCCAAAUGAUCACUACUUUUCUCAAGACAACAACAAUAUACAGUUUGGGAUGUACAACAAAGGAACAUCACCAGAAGUACAGUCUUAUGCUCCAAUACAAAACAUGAAACAACAAGGACAGAACAACAAGAGGUGGUAUGAUGAUGGUGGCUUCACUGUCCCACAGAUCACUCCUACUCCUACUACUACUACUACUACUUUUGCUCAUCCUUCUCCUCUUUCUUCUAAUAAAAAAUCUAGAUCGUUCUGGUAAUUUGCUAUCUCCCUACAUGGGCUGUUUUUUUGUUUGUUUGUUUGUUUGUUUGUUUGUUGCUCCUUGAUUUCUCUCAACUUCGAUCUUGAUAGAAUUAGCCUCUCUUUUUUUGUUUGUUAUGUCUUUUGUAAAUUUGAGUGUGAUAAAGAUUAUGCUGUUUUAAACAUUGUAAUAAUCAUAUAUAUUCUCUUUUCGUUUA